AUGCUCGUGAAAUCGCUCCUCGCUGGGCUUGCCAGCGCCCAAGGAUUCAGAGAUUUGGAAAAGAAGUCCGUCGAAGUCCCAAGAAUCGGAACAGAUGUCAUUGUCUCCUGCGAAGGGACGAGAAUCGCCGCCAAGGUCAUGAAGAGCUACAUUGAGCGCAACUCCAAGUGGCUUGGAAGCGGCAAAGACCUUUCCCUAGACGUCGAUAGAUACACGGACGUCAGGGACUGCGCUGGAAAAGCCGACGAAGAGGGCAAUUACAUUUUGGAAGUGACCGAUGAUUUCCAAAAGUGCGGAAUGCAGAUUUCCCCAGAGACAGAAGUCAUUGAUGGCGAAGUCACUGUUACCGGAUACAAGUUCAAAAACCACGUCUACAACCAAGAUGGAAACGUUCUUGACGCAGCAGAUCGAGCUCUCGAUCUCGUCGAAUUCGAGUGUGUCUACCCCAACGUGCAAAUGACGACUGGCGAGAUGAAUCCUUUGGUCCAGUCGGCUGUUUCCCGAAGCAAGGUCAAAGAAAUCGUCGGAGACAUGCGACUCUACUUGAGUUCCAAUUAUACCGACUUUUACACAAGUCCACCCGUGCUCUCCCUCAACGACGACCUCUUCAUCGAAGUUAAUCUCGAGCGACCCUUGAUCUCCGAAGCCUUCGCCCCUUACACCGAAUUCUCGACCGUCAUGGAGAACUGCUGGGGUACACCAAGCCAGUCACGUGACGGCGCUCUCAAGUACUACAUCAUCAAGAACCAGUGCCCCGUGGAAGGAGAUACAUCUUUGGAAGUAUCGUCUAACGGCGAAGGAUUAACCUCGCGAUUCAACUUGAAAAUGUUCAAAUUCAUCGGCGACGAAUACAACGACGUCUGGCUCCACUGCACCGUGCGCGCGUGCAACGCCACCGCAGAUUCCUGCAUCCCCGACUGUGGAGACAACAGAAAACGUCGUUCCGCCACUCGACGAGAAUUGCCCUUCGUUUCUUUCGGAAAAGAACUUUUGCCGAUCUCCCAAUUCAGCGAAAACUCGAAGAAAAUGACAUGGACAGCCGGCUCGUUAUGGUCGAGAGUGAAACCAAUGGCUCUAUCCUCAGACCUGGAUCGAUGGCUUUCAACGUCCUGA